AUGUCUUCGGAAAAGGAAGAACACCGUCUUUCAAUCGGUGCUCACGCCCGCGAUGAGGAACUUGCCGCCAGCACGGUCCCUGAAAAGUUUGCAGAGGAAGAUGUCCCUGCUGAGAAUGUCACAUACCAAGACAAUCCUAGCAAGCAGAGAAUCGUGAUCAUCCUGCUUGGAUUAGGCUUGUCUGUGUUUCUUGCUGCACUAGAUAUUACCAUCGUCUCAACCGCUCUCCCUGAGAUCGUCGCUCAUUUCCAUGCCUCCGACUCAGCAUAUUCAUGGAUCGCCUCCUCUUACUUACUAGCAAAUGCAGCAUGCGUCGGUCUAUGGGGCAGAUUGACGGGUCGCGCCCUGCAGGGCGUGGGUAGUGGUGGUAUCACCGUGAUGGCCAAUAUCUGUGUUUCAGAUCUCUUCGACGUGCAACGACGCGCUGCUUAUUUGGGCAUUUUUGGCGCCACAUGGGCCAUUGCAGGUGCAGUGGGACCUAUUAUUGGCGGUGCCUUUACAACCUAUGUGACUUGGAGAUGGUGCUUCUAUAUCAACUUACCCGUCGGCGGUAUUGCUUUUCUUUUCUUGAUGUUCUUCUUAAAGAUCGACACCACGAAGAAGAAUCUACUUGAUGGCCUAGCAGCUAUCGAUUGGAUUGGUGUGGGCCUCGUCAUCGCCGGAACAAUCCUGCUCCUUCUUGGACUAGAAUUCGGAGGUGAUCAGUUCGCAUGGUCUUCCGCAACAGUAAUCUGCCUCAUUGUCUUCGGAAUUAUUGCCUUGAUUCUCUUCGGGAUAUACGAACGCUUCCCAGCUUCCCCAAUAAUCCCGCUAGCAGUGUUCAGCAGCCGACAAAACGUCGCACUCCUUCUCAUCAACUUCUGUCACGGGGUGGUAUUCAUUGGAGGAUGUUUCUACCUUCCAGUUUACUUCCAAAACGUCCUACUGAAAAGCUCAAUAAUGAGUGGUGUCCUCCUUCUUCCCCUCGUCGGCGCUUUAGCCGUCUCUUCUGGCCUGGGAGGUUGGUACAUGCGCGCCACAGGCCGCUUCCGCGAGGUUAUCAUCUUCGGCAUGUUCUUCACAACCCUUGCCUAUGGACUCUAUCUGAAUCUUCAACCCUAUGCCUCCUGGUCACGUAUAGUUCUGUUCCAGAUGGUUGCAGGAUUGGGACUAGGUCCUAACUUCCAAGCAACGUUGAUUGCUCUUCAGGCGAAUGUAUCGCCUACGGAGAUGAGUCAGGCCACAGCUGCAUUUUCCCUUGUUCGACAAAUAGCCGCCUCCAUUUCUGUCGUCGUGGCUACUGUGAUCUAUAACUACGAGGUCGCGGCUAGAAAAGCUAAAUUGGUCGCGGCUUUAGGAUCGACUUUAGCUGCUGAGAUCGUUGCAGCGUCUACCUCUACUGCGAGCCUUACUCGAGGCUUGCCGGAUGAUGAACAGGAUGUUAUCUUCGAAGUCAUCACUAAGGGUCUCUGGUAUGUUUGGUUGUUCUUUCUUUGCGUAUCUGCAUUUGGGCUGGUUCUUGCUUGUACAUUGCGAAAUUUGCACAAAGCACAAUCUUGA